GGUCUGUAACACUUGCUGUUGAGCCUAUCAAAAAACUCUGCUCUUUCAUUUCACUCUAACUCUCUCUCUCUCUGCAAUAUGAAACACUCAGAUGGCAACUCCUCCACACAGCCACUUCUCACGGCCAGGGCAGACGAACCCCGUCAAAUCCACCCACACCCAGCAGAAACAACCGCAGUUUUUAGCGCCGGCACCCCUGACAUAGCUCCGAUCACCGGCGCCGGCGACUUCUAUAGGGAAUUCAUGGUGGAGUCAAAGAAGCUCUGGUACCUCGCCGGCCCCGCCAUCUUCUCCUUCGUCUCAAAGUACUCCCUCGGCGCCUUCACUCAAAUCUUUGCCGGCCACGUCGGCACCAUUGACCUCGCCGCCGUCUCCGUUGAAAACUCCCUCAUCGCCGGCUUCUCCUACGGCAUAAUGCUAGGGAUGGGAAGCGCGUUGGAAACGCUGUGCGGACAAGCAGUGGGGGCAGGGAAGCUGGACAUGCUGGGAGUGUACAUGCAACGAUCAUGGGUGUUACUCCUCAGCACGGCCUGUGUACUGUGCCCUUUGUACAUCUUCGCGGGACAAGUUCUGAAGUUGAUAGGGCAAGACACCGAAAUUUCGGAGGCUGCGGGGACCUUCGCCAUUUGGAUGAUUCCGCAGCUGUUCGCUUACGCGCUGAAUUUUCCGGUGGCGAAGUUCCUGCAGGCGCAGAGCAAGGUGAUGGUGAUCGCGGCGAUAGCCGGGAUGGCCAUGGUGCUGCACCCGGUGCUGAGCUGGCUGCUCAUGGUGAAGCUGGAGUGGGGGCUCGUGGGCGCCGCCGUCGUGCUCAACGGAUCGUGGUGGUUCGUGGUGGUGGCCCAGUUGGUUUAUGUUUUCGGAGGGUGGUGCUGGCCGGCGUGGAACGGGUUCUCGUGGGAAGCGUUUCGGAGUCUUUGGGGGUUCUUUCGCCUCUCUCUUGCUUCUGCUGUUAUGCUCUGCUUGGAAACAUGGUACUUUAUGGCUUUAAUUUUGUUCGCUGGAUACCUCAAGAAUGCACAAGUCUCCGUAGACGCCUUCUCUAUCUGCAUGAAUAUAUUAGGCUGGACCAUCAUGGUAUCUUUUGGGAUGAACGCUGCCACAAGUGUGAGAAUAUCGAAUGAACUAGGGGCACGCCACCCAAGAACAGCAUUAUUUUCCCUAGUGGUUGCCGUGAUUACUUCGGUUUUGAUCGGAGUUUUACUCGCUAUUGUUUUGAUGAUCUCGCGGAAUGAGUACCCUUCCCUGUUUUCAAACGACACAGAAGUGCAAGAUCUAGUUAAGGACCUCACACCAUUUUUGUGCUUCUGCAUUGUCAUUAAUAAUGUUCAGCCUGUUCUCUCAGGAGUUGCCAUUGGGGCGGGAUGGCAGGCUCUUGUUGCCUAUGUAAACAUUGCAUGCUACUACCUUUUUGGAAUUCCUGUGGGUCUUGUAUUGGGUUACAAGCUUGACUGGGGAGUCAAGGGAAUCUGGUUAGGAAUGAUAUCAGGGACUAUCCUCCAAACAUGUGUUCUUUUGGUGCUGAUUUACAAAACUAAUUGGAACGAAGAGGCCUCCCUUGCCGAAGAUAGGAUACGGACUUGGGGUGGACAUAAAAAAGCGACUGUGAAUGACACAGAAAACACACAAGAAACAUGAAAUUGCAGUAGGAGAAUUGGUACGAUAUGAAGCAUGAUACUUGAAUUGUUGACAGAAAAGCUUUAGUUGCUUUAGAAUAUUCUAUAAAAAAUUGUUGCAAGGCCAUUAUUCAACUUCUUAUUUAUUUUAGAAAACACAGAAGAAGGGAACAUGAAAUAGUAGGAGAAUUUCUUUUUGGUUAAUAAAUCGCAGAAAAAGAAAUGCAUGGUACCAUACAACA